AUGCGUCUCGUGAUUACGGUGGGCGCUUUAGUGCCGGUCGUCGCUCUUGCUGGACCUUUGACGACAAUCACACCUUGUCCAAACGCCCCAAGCAUAUCGGCAACUCCGAUCAUCGUGACCGUGCAGCACCAAACUGUGUCAACCUGUUCCGGAAUAUCAGCAUGCUUCAAGGGAGAUUGUACCACCAGAUAUUCUCUAGACACAUUUGCGUAUGUUAGCACUGUUAUCCCAGCGGCAUGGGAUGGUACUUCGGUCCAUGCGACCACAGUCACUUCUACCGCUCAAACGGUGACAGUGUCUCGAUUCCGUUCGACAAUCACCAAAUCUGCCACCGCCACAGCUGUCGUCAACAACGGGACCACUUCUCACGCUUCUCCAAGACCUGUCUACCUCACUAUUGCCAAAGAUUAUAUGGUUGCCUACAAUGAAAUUGGCCCUUUGGCGAUUCCAGGCUAUGGCGGAAGUGGUCUUUGCAAGGAAUGUGAUGUGCAGCAAGAUGGAAGUCGGUCUCAGGUCGUCAACGUUAUCGAGUGCAGGGCAGGUCCCGUUGGGGCUUGUUGCAUGGGUUACGCAGAGACGUGGAUCUCCGAGCCGGCAACUGCCUCAUCUUCGACGACAGUGGCACCUCUGGCAACCAGAUUCGUGGCUCCUUCGGCCGGGAUCUAUACUUUCACAUUCACUUUGACAGCUCCUAGCCAUACCAUUACUGCUGGAGUCGAAGCCAUCACUAUCGCCCCCAGCCCUUACUUUCACCAGGUCAUCCGUGAAUGCCACCGGCCCCGAGAGGUUGUUGAUUUUACCGUUGUCGUUACCAAAACAAUAUACUGGACCAUACCCUGCAGCAUACAGCCACCAUGGACUUCAAGCGCUGUUCCAAUUCCCACUGGGUCCCACGAAAUUCCAGGCUUUCGUCGACCGGUCAAAGGGCCGAACGUAUCUCUCGAUAACCUAAUUGGCAAUGCUUAUGGAUGGGCUGACUGGGGGAACGACGAUGUGACCAACCCUAGCCUUCCUCUUCCUCAGGAUUGGGCCGACUGGACUUCCAUUUACUCGCAAUCCAUUACUGAGACCGAAUCUCCUAGCGUAUCUCCGAGUUCGAGCUUUGGCUCCAGCAGCGGGUCUGCGAGCAAUUCGUACACAACGACCUCCAGCACAUACAUCUCGUUGGGGACUGGAGCGACUAGCAGUUCUCCUAACCCCAGCUCCCCGCAAUCCUCCCUGACCGCCACCUCUGUUGUCAACACUUCUGCUGCGGAGACUACUUGA